AUGGAGUGGGCUAAAACCUUUGGGAAGGAAUUUUCCAUGUUCGUCCUUGACUACGACAAGGCUUAUGAUAGGGUUGAAUGGGACUUUAUCCUCAUGAUGCUAGAUGCCUUUGGUUUCCCUAAGGAAUUUUGUGACAUUGUUAAAGUUCUCUUUAAAGAUGCCUCUGCUCUUAUUGAAGUCAAUGGCUCCCUCUCCUCUCCUAUUAUGCUUACUCAGACUAUUAGGCAAGGUUGUCCCCUAGCCCUUGCGCUUUUUGUGAUUGCUUCUGAUGCCCUUUUUUAUCUGCUUAAGGAUGAUUCAAUCUCACCCAGUGUUAAAGGUUUGAGUCUUCCUGAUGAAUCUCAACCCUUUAACAUCCAGUUUGCUAAUGAUACCUCUCUUUUCCUUGAACUCACCAAGCAGAAUUUUGAGGCUCUUGGUCAAAAAUUAAAAUUCUUUGGUGAUAUCUCUAGUGCCCGGAUUUCUUAG